AUGUCAUUCGUGGAGUACGAAGGCCAGCGUCCUUGCCUAUCGCACAACAAUCCAUAUCAGACCUAUAUCUAUGACGACCGCCAUGCUUCGUCAACACUUGGUCACAACACACGAGAGAAUCCUCGCAGCUACCCUGUUGGUGGCCCAGUUGGUGGCAUGCACACACGAGCCAUGAUGGGUGGAGAGGACCAUAUGGUAGAAACUGGUCCUGUAAGACGUCGCAUUGCAGUAGCGUGUGCGCGUUGCCGUAAGAGAAAGAUUCGGUGCAGCGGUGACCCAGGUAACGGGACUGGUUGUCUCAACUGCCGGGCGGCUGGAGUCGAGUCAAUACACUGCCAGUUUCAUCGAGUGGGGUCUGAUGUCGUCCACAAAGUCAUAGAUAAUAUCAACAUAGCCCACGGCUUGAACAACAUGGCAGGUGCACAGCAAAUGAUACCUGUGUAUCAGACAGGAGGCAACAACACCUUUUACCAGCGCGCAAUACCUAUUCAAUACUCGCAAUAUCCAACAAUCGAUACAAAAUCAACAUAUGCCCCAGCUUGGACUGUUCCGUUUCCCGAAGACGCCUCGCCUGUGGAGGCAUUUAACCUGGAACAACCACCAGGAUACAUACCAAACACGGCAUCGAUGACAAACGCAAAUAUAUACGGGUCCUCAUAUCGAGGAAGUGAUCCAGGGGCGAGAUCCCUGGGGGGUGCAUGCUUCGACCAAGAAUCAUUCAACAGUCUGCCCUGUGCUACUUCAAAUGGCCGGGUAACUCCAUCCGAUAUUUCUCCCCUAGACACUGGCAUGUCAUCUCUCCAUCUUUCUCUGCCCGAGAGACCUCGUCCCCGACAAACACACCCAUCAGAGCCCAGCGUCACUCGAAGACAUCUACCCAUACCCCAGCCUAACCCAGCUCAAUCCAAUCGCAACGCUGUAGAUAAAUCACAAGACGAGCGCCUCCGAUCUGCUCGGGUAAGCGGAUCUUCCGCCAUUAAUAACAGGGGAUCUUUUGCGAGGCCGCCGAUGCCUUGGGUGGUGGAGGGAGGCAACCAAGCAAAUGUAUCAGGGGUGUCUCCCACAAACGAUGCGAAACAAGUCAUUGCUCAACCCAGAUUGCAUGAUGGCACAGAAAACCCAAUCAGCUACUUUUCCACCACGGGGGACAUAACUGCAACAAGUACGGGUUCUCAGCUUGACUUGGCCUUUAGCACCUCAGGUCUUCUCGAUGGAAUGAGCGCAUCUGCACAAGCCGCCGCAUACUCCUGUGUCCGUGGAAGUCACCAUAUUGCACCAGGAGACCCUCAGUCAAAUAUUCACAGCUUUGAAAAUACGCACUCCACGAAGCGGAACUCCACGGUUAGCGACUUGCCGAGCAACCACCCGUUAGGCACCACUCAUCGCUAUACUCCGUUGAACCACUCCCCGCCUCAGAACUCAUUCGGCAGCCGCAAACCCCAUCGUGAAGCAUGUCAUGGCCGAAGCACGCGGUUGCAGCGCACUUCCGUAGGCAGCCUGAAAGCCAACUACUAA